AUGUUUCUUAAUUUAUUAUAAUUAUUUAGAGGUGAUAAAUAAAUUGAUCAUCCAAUUCUUGGUUAAAUGUCAUGUAAAAGUUUAUAAGAGGCAUACAAAAACUGUAUGAGUUUUAUUGAUAAUGAACAAUACCAAUAAAAAUAAUGUCGUCCUUAUUAUAAUUUAUGUAUGUUAUAAAAAUCAUAAAAUUUUUAGCUGUUUCUUGUUUUUAAGCUAAAGAUGAUGUCGAAUUUUAAUAAUUUAUAGAUGAAAAAAUAGAUGAAAGAAGAAGACUUGUAAAAGUAAAAUCAAUUUUAAUUUAAGUUCUUAAAAGAAAAUAAAUCUUAAUUACCAGAGUUGUAAAAGUCCAAUCAAUAAUAAUUUUUUAAUUUAUUUUAAUUUGUAGAUGAUGAAUAAGUAUAAGAGGAAUAAGUUAAAAAUUAUUAUUAAAAAUAAUAAUAAGAGAAUAAAAAGUAUUUAUGA